CAAAGCAAUGACAACAAAAAAUUUCUUCUACUCAGUAUAGAGCCACUGCGUUUGUGAGUUCAUCAUCGUGUUGCUUGUUCUCUCUCAGCAUGACAUCAGUGUCCAUUGCCAUGAGAGCUGUCCCAACAUGACUGCUCUAAUAAAUAUUGGUCUCAUGUCUCACAAAAAGAGCUCAAGAUGCAGCUGCAGAGUCUGUCAGACCAUGUAUGUGAUACCAUCUGUGUGGAUUUCCCAGUGCUCUCAUUGCUGGGAAUGGUAAGCAAAAGUCUAAUUGAUCCCUGAGGUAGGAAAGGAAAUUGUGCCUUGUCACAGAGGUGAAUGUGGCAGUGACACUGAGCAGGUCCUGGCCCUGUCCUGGUUUGAAAGGUGACCUUGAGCACUGGGAAGACUCCUCUGAGGGAACCGGAAAUCAUAUGUAAGACAAUGGGUCAUAUCAUAGGAGGAUAGGAAGGGGAAUUGUGUCCUUUUCUGGAGAAUUUUAGAGACUGGGGAUUGGAGGAUGCUUAGAGGAAAGCAGGAGGCAGGAUGGGCCCAGAGUGCUUCUGCCUCGGGUCGUUUCUAUUGUUCCAAGGCUCUGCUCUUGCAGACCUUCUGUAUCUUGAGAUAAUAUGUGGUGUCAAAAUGGCCACGGAGUCCUCUGAGGUUAUGAAUAUCUCCAUCAGAGAGAGUUCCUUGUGCUGCUUCUGGCCUGACACAGGGAAUGUGUUGGGUAACAGUUGGUAGCAUGCAGACUGAUGAACAUUUUUGCUGCUGUUUUGGGGGUGGUGUUGUGGGCACAGGACAAACUGCUUUCCAUGUGUAUUGUAGGGUACUUAUAGCAGCUGGCACAGCUCUUGCCAUGGUGGAUAUUAGCUUCAUCUCUUCAGAGAUGAUUUUUAAGGGCAGUUGAAGAGAUGGGUUUAAUCUGGUGCUAUUCUUCCCCUUCUUGUGGCCCUGCAUGGUGAGUCAGGGUGAGUGCUGUUAUCACACAUGGCUUAUUCUGGUGUCUGGAUGUGCACACCAAACCUCCACGUCUACAGAGCAGCCCAACUCUGGUUUUCUAUUCUUGAAAUUCUCUCAUCCGGUUAACAUUUUGAGUGCACUUGUGCUUUUGGUAUGAUCUCUUGAAGAAGAAGGUCUGUGGGGAUUUGGAUCAGUGUUGUUCACGACUCUAAUCACAGAACGUUUGAAAACUCGGUUUGUGUCUGCUAUUGCUGAAAAGGCACAAAGCAUCCUGGCAUGAGGGAAAAGUCAAAGAGUCACAGAAUGGAUUUGCAGCACAUUAUAUAUUUGUGCCAGGCAUGGGGGACAGGAGAGAAUUUGAAUACGUCUUUGGGAACUGGGGAGGGAAUAGAGAAUGUCUGCUUAACUGCGGAGAUCCCAGUUCCCCGGGUGUAAGAUACAGGAUCACAGCAGAAUAUCGUGAGGACGAUCCCACCACACAGUGCUGCUCCUCUGGAAUCCUAGCUGGACAUCCAGAAGGUCUGCACCUCUGAGGGCACUGUUCGUUCUGGUAUUGCUGCUUGUGAAGACGUCUGCCCUGCGUGCCUUUAAUUACUUGGUUUUGAUGUGGAAUAUUAUUUAUCUACGAGAAGCUGUUUGAAAUUUGGAUCAUGCUGCCGAGCCAUGUCUGAAUGCUUCCUUGCAGUCAGAAGGGAAGAGGAAUGAGAGCUUUUUCCAAAGAAUGUGUUGCUAAACCGCGUCAAGAAUGUUGAAGAGACGGUAAGACAUUUCCCUUCUUGGUAAGGGAAGAGUGAACAGAGGAUGGAAAUGGAAGAAAAUUGAAAGCAAGAAAAGUGUACUGAAGGAAGGAAAGAUGGAUAUAGAGAAAGAGAAGGAAAGAAGAAAGUAGUAGAAAAAGAGAGACAGAAGGGGACAACGUAUAAAUGAGUUUAAUGGCACGUCACUGAUGCUACCACUAUAUACAAAAAGGAAACAAUGCGGCAAAGGAGAGAAAUAAAGAAAGAAAGGAAGAAGAGAAAGAAAACCAGAAAGAAGAUGCUAUGAAAUCAUGGCACAAGGAGGUAAUUAAGAAUAGAAGAUGACAAAGAGAAGAAAUUUAAAACAGGAUUACGCACGGACGUUGCCUAAAAGUGCUGGCCGGAGAUGAUUGCCAACAGCCUCUGCCUCGGUUAGAAUUCUGCAUUCCAGCGCUGAUGUCGUAACUUGAGGUGGAGAAUCCGAAUACUUUUGUUUGCAGUGCAGCGCCGGAGGCGACUGGAGAGAUAUCCGAAGGACUAAGAAGAGAGCAGCGGAAAAUGUCCAAAGGAUAAAAUAUAAAGGGAGCACGGUAAGAAGAAGCAGCAGAGGAGACGGCCAUGACGGAGCGGAAGACACGGGCGCUGUCACGGAGCGUGCGGGGCGGCGGAGCAGCGCACGGUGUCGCUGCAGGCUCAGGAACGGCUGCGUGUGGGCGGCUCCGCCCCGGUGCGGCGGAGAGCCCGGCUGUGAGCGCGGGGGGGCGGCGCGGGCCGGGCAGCAGAGCCGGAGCGUCCGGGCGGCGGCGGGGAGCCGUGCGGGGCCCGGGCCGGGGCCGGCAGCCACAGCGGCGGCGGCGGCGACAGCGACAGCGGCGGCGGCAGCGGCAAGGAUGGGCGAGCGCUGGAGUGCGGCGGUGCGGGUGCUGGUGCUGCAGGCGGCCUGGGCGCUGGCGGGCGGGCAGGUGCGCUACUCGGUGCCGGAGGAAGCCAAGGGCGGCACGGUGGUGGGGCGGCUGGCGCAGGACCUGGGCCUGGAGGCGGGCGAGGCGGAGGCGCGGCGGCUGCGGCUGGUGGCGCAGGGCCGGCGGGCGAGCGUGGAGGUGAGCGCGGCGAGCGGCGCGCUGCUGGUGAGCUCGCGGCUCGACCGGGAGGAGCUGUGCGGCAAGAGCGCGCCGUGCGCGCUGCGCCUGGAGGUGCUGCUGGAGCGGCCGCUGCGCGUCUUCCAUGUGCAGCUGGAGGUCACCGACAUCAACGACAAUGCCCCCGUCUUCCCCUCCGCCCGAAAAAACAUCAGCAUCGCGGAAUCGUCUGUGCCGGGGUCUCGUUUCCCGCUGGAGGGCGCGUCGGAUGCGGAUAUCGGAGCGAACGCGCAGCUCUCCUACACACUCAGCCCCAGCGAGCAUUUUAGAAUAGAGGAAGAAAACAGGAACUCUCGCAGUAAGUCCCUGUUUCUGGUGCUUACUAAAUCUCUGGACCGCGAGACGAUUCCCGUGCACCGGUUGGUGCUGACGGCGACUGACGGGGGCCGGCCGUCUCUGACGGGCACAAUGGAGCUGGUGAUCUUCGUGGUAGAUGCGAACGACAACGCGCCCCAGUUCAACCAGUCCGUGUAUAAUGUACAUUUGUCUGAGGACGCCAUACAAGGUACGCUAGUGGCACGGAUGAAUGCCACGGACGUGGACGAAGGAAGUAACAAAGAAGUGAAAUAUGAAAUCGAUACUAUUGCUCCUCCCUCUGCCUCUGGUUUAUUCAGCAUUGAUGCGAACACUGGGGAGAUCAGACUGACAGGUACCCUGGACUAUGAGGCAGUUAAUUUAUACGACAUACAUGUUAAGGCAACAGAUAAAGGGACACCCUCGCUUUCAGGUCACUGCAAGGUGGAGCUGGAGGUGCUGGACGUGAACGACAACGCGCCGGAGGUGUGGGUGACGUCGCUGUCGGUGCCGGUGUCGGAGGACGCGUCGUUGGGGACGGUGGUGGCCGUGCUGAGCGUGUCGGACCGGGACUCGGGGGAGAACGGGCGCGUGCGGUGCUGGGUGUGGCCGGCGUCGCCGUUCGGUCUGGAGGCGACGUUCGCGGGCUCGUACUCGCUGGUGCUGCGCGAGGCGCUGGACCGGGAGCGGGUGUCGGAGUACGAGGUGGAGGUGCGUGCGGAGGACGGCGGGGCGCCGGCGCUGCGCGCCAGGCGCGGGCUGCGGCUGCCGGUGUCGGACGUGAACGACAACGCGCCCGCGUUCGCGCAGGCCGUGUACACGGUGCUGGCGCGGGAGAACAACGCGGCGGGCGCGGAGCUGGCGCGGCUGUGGGCGCGGGACCCGGACGAGGCGGGCAACGGCCGCGUCAGCUACUCGCUGUGGGAGGGCGGCGUGGGCGGCGGCGGGGCCGCGGGCUCGUCGUCGUGGUGGUCGUCGGGCGGCGGGUGGCGGGCGGCGUCGAGCUACGUGUCGGUGGACGCGGAGAGCGGGCGCGUGUGGGCGCUGCAGCCCUUGGACUACGAGGAGCUGCAGGUGCUGCAGUUCGAGGUGCGCGCGGUGGACGCGGGGGAGCCGCCGCUGAGCGGCAACGCCACGGUGCAGCUCUUCGUGCUGGACGAGAACGACAACGCGCCGGCGCUGCUGCCGCCCGCGGGCUCGGCGGCGGAGGCGGGCGCGGCGGCGGCGGCGGAGGCGGCGGCGGGGGCGCUGGGCUUGGGCUGGGAGUCGGGCACGCUGUGGGCUCGGGCGGCGUGGGGGGCGCCGGCGGGGCAGGUGGUGGCGAAGAUCCGCGCCGUGGACGCCGACUCGGGCUACAACGCGUGGCUGCGCUACGAGCUGUGGGAGCCGCGGGGCAAGGGCCCGUUCCGCGUGGGGCUCUACAGCGGCGAGGUGAGCACGGCGCGGGCGCUGGACGAGGCGGACGGGCCUCGCCACAGGCUGCUGAUCGUCGUGCGCGACCACGGCGAGCCGGCGCGCUCGGCCACGGCCACGCUCAGCGUGUCGCUGCUCGAGGCCGCUGAGGCGGCGCUGGCCGCGGCCGCGGGAUCCUCCUCGGCGGCGGCGGCGGCGGCGGCGUCGUCGUCGCGCUCGGCGGCGGGCGUGGAGCUCGGGCCCGGCGCGGCGAGCGCGGCCACCAACGUGUGGCUGGUGGUGGCCAUCUGCGCCGUGUCCAGCCUCUUCCUGCUGGCCGUGGUGCUCUACGCGGCGUCGCGCUGGGCGCCGCGGGCCGCCGUGCUCUCGGCGCCCGGGCCCACGACGCUCGUGUGCGCCAGCGAAGUGGGCAGCUGGUCGUACUCGCAGCGCCACAGCCGGAGCCUGUGCGUGGCCGACGGCGCUGCCAAGAGCGACCUCAUGGUUUUCAGCCCCAACUUCCCUCCGCCGCCGCCCGGCGCCGCGCCCAAGGACACGCAGCCGGAGCCCUCCGCUCUCCUCGACACGGUCAGUGGCACUGCUUUGCUCGCCUCUUGGCUCUUUGCUUCGCCACCUCUUUUAUCCUCCUCCCAUUAUAUCUCACCCCUCAGAGAGUUCUUGCUUGUAGCGAAGCUCCGCCCCUGCACCCUCAGUGCCGUGGCUGCUUAA